AUGGAAAACUUCAUUCGAGUAAACACAAUCUAUCAUUUUGGCAUUCCUAGUUAUAUCAUAACAGAUAAUGGCAAGCCGUUCUCCAACAAAUUGAUGACUAAGAUUUGCGAGCUUUUUGGCUUCAAGCAACGAAACUCGUCUAUGUAUUAUGCUGCUGCAAAUGGACUAGCUGAAGCAUUUAACAAGACCUUGUGCAACUUGUUAAAGAAGAUCAUCUCCAAGUCUAAAAGAGAUUGUCACGAUAUAAUGGAAGAAACUCUUUGGGCAUACCGAACGACUCAUCCCACACCGACUCAAGCAACUCCUUAUUCUCUUGCUUACGGAGCUGAAACGGUCCUUCUACUUGAACGCCAAAUACCUUCAUUGCGGCUCGCUAUACAAGAAGGGCUCACUGAAGAAGAAAAUGCUCAUCUACGCCUUGAAAAGUUAGAGGCCCUUGAUGAGAAAAGGCUGGAAGCUCACCAAAUCCUUGAAUGUUAUCAAGCUCGUCUUUCCCGUGCUUUCAAUAAAAAGGUUCGCCUGAGGUCCUUCCAAGUUGGUGAUCAAGUCCUGGCGGUAAGAAGACCUAUUAUCAUAUCUCAUAAAUCUGGAAGCAAGUUCACUUCAAAGUGGGAUAGGCCAUAUGUUGUCCAAGAAGCCUAUACAAGUGGUGCUUACAAGCUUAUAGAUGUAGAUGGCUUGCGGAUCGGUCCCAUCAACGGAAAAUUCUUGAAGAUGUACUAUCCUUGA